GGGUUUCACCCCCUCCAGCUUGGGCUUAAAAAGGUGUCAGCGAACUGGUGCUGGGCCAGCCGGGGUGGUGAGGAGGAUGGGUGCUCUCUGCUGGCUUGUGGCCUCUGCGCUUUGCAUCGCCAUCCGGGGACAGGACCAGGGGUUCUCCCGCCCACACCCUCAGUUUGGUUCCAUCUACCACGUCCAAGGUGUCAUUAACCUGCCCUAUGCUGAGAUCGAGGAGCCCUUUGAAGCCUGGUACAACCAGACAGGAAACAAGAGCCGGAUCCAGUACUAUGAUGGGCAGGUGAUCACCUACCAGCUGGCGGGGGUGAAGCCCUAUGGGAUGCUGUACAAGAUCACACCAGAGACCACUGAGAAGGAGGUGAACACCAGGAAAUGUUUCCAGCUGCCUGGCUCCAAGGAGGAUGUGGUCAAGGCACAGAGUGUCUUCCCCAGCAUGGAUGGCUUCAAGUUCCUGCGGGAGGAAUACUUCCAGGGUCGGUACUGUGCUGUCUGGCAGAACAUCACCCACUGGGCACAGAAGAAGAACGUUUACACCAUGUGGGUGACCAACUCCAGCUGUGGGGUGGCCCCAGUCCACUAUGAGAUGCGGGGCUACAACACCCUGCUGGGCUCCCACUACGACAAGUAUGAGAUCUCCUACACUGACUUUGACAACAGCUUCCCCCCCUCCAUCUUCGACCCCCCCAUCAAUGAGACAAAGAAGUGUGGGGUGCUACCAGGGAGCGUGGCAGAGCACCGGGUGCUGGCAAACCCCAUGGAGGACCUGGUGGGACGGCACCAACCUCGGGCCCACCGGGUUUUCCACCAGUACCACCGGCGCUUGGGGCGGAAUUACAGCUCCGUACGGGAGCUGGAGCACAGGCAGAGCAUCUUCAUCCACAACAUGAGGUUUGUGCACUCCAAGAACCGAGCUGCCCUCUCCUACACUCUGGCCCUCAACCACCUCGCUGACCGCACAGCCCAGGAGCUCUCUGCUCUGCGGGGACACCGACCCAGUGGGACCCCCAACCACGGGCAGCCCUUCCCCACCCACCUCUACACCGGCCUCAUCCUGCCCGAGAGCCUGGACUGGCGCAUGUAUGGUGCCGUGACCCCUGUCAAGGACCAAGCAGUCUGUGGGUCCUGCUGGAGCUUUGCCACCACGGGGGCAAUGGAGGGAGCCCUUUUCCUCAAGACCGGCGUGCUGACCCCCCUGUCCCAACAAGUCCUCAUCGACUGUUCCUGGGGUUUUGGGAACUACGCCUGUGAUGGGGGUGAGGAGUGGAGAGCCUACGAGUGGAUCAAGAAACACGGGGGCAUCUCCAGCACCGAGUCCUAUGGCACCUACAAGGGGCAGAAUGGCUUGUGCCACUACAACCAGUCUGAGAUGCUGGCCAAGAUCACAGGCUAUGUCAAUGUCACCUCGGGCAACAUCACAGCAGUCAAAGCUGCCAUCUACAAGCACGGCCCCGUGGCUGUCAGCAUCGAUGCCUCCCACAAAACCUUCUCCUUCUACUCCAACGGUGUCUACUACGAGCCCAAGUGUGGAAACGUGUCAGGAACGUUGGACCACGCAGUGCUGGCCGUGGGCUAUGGAGUCCUGCAGGGAGAGACCUACUGGCUCAUCAAGAACUCCUGGUCCACCUACUGGGGCAACGAUGGCUACAUCCUCAUGGCCAUGAAGGACAACAACUGUGGGGUGGCCACAGAAGCCACCUACCCCAUCCUGGCCUGAUGGGACCACCUCUCUGCUAGCUUGGCAGGCUGAGCCCUUGGGGACACUCUUGGACCUCUCCCUGGAUCCAGUCUGAUGGGACACAGCCCCCCAAGUGGGUCCUGUCCCCUCCAUGUGCCCUUGGGCAGCUCCAGAGGGAGUUUGGGCUGGCAGAGGGGACGAGAGACUCCAGGAGGUGGCUGUGGGCAGCUCAGCUGGGAAGUUCAGAGGAUGCUCCCUGCCCUCUGGAGAGGGAAUGAGUUGUUGGGGCAAUAAAAGCUGUAGAAGAU